AUUGGUUAGGUCGGGCGACAGGUGGCAUGGAGCGAAAAUCAUAAAGAGGCGGGGCUUAUUUGAUUGAUGCUUUCAGCACACGCCAGUCGCUAUAUAAUGUAAGUAAAAAACUAGAAUUCAUUCAAAACAAUUUGGUCAUUCAGCAAGCUCGGUCGCGUGGAUAAAAUUUAAAUAUAAGUCGGCAAGUUGACAGCCACGAGGUCUUACAACUUUUACUACGUACAGAUGAAGAUGAGCAUUUCUCACAAAGAUAAAAUGGGAUACGACAGCAACGUCCACAUGAUGAGUCCUGUGCCGUCGCAAACGUCCGACACGCCGAUGCUGUCACCGCAAUUUUCUCUUCAAGGAUCGCCGAUGCAGGUUCAAACUGCAAAUCAAGGAUGCUUGAUCUUACACUACGCCCCAGCGGUGACCGCCCAAAAACAGCAAAAUCCGAGACUACAGCCAAUAAUGCCAAACACGUUGCAGCAGAGCAAAAUGAUGCGCUGCAAGCGGAGGCUCGAUUUCUCAAACUUUGGAUAUGAGCUACCAAAGCCUGAAACCGGUACCGUUGGCCGAAGAAACGAACGUGAGAGAAACAGAGUGAAGCUUAUCAACAUGACAUUUGCAACACUACGUGCAUGCAUUCCAGCAAGGAACAGAGGCCAGAAGAGUCGCAAGAUGAGCAAGGUUGACACAUUAAAAGCUGCGAUUGAUUACAUUCAAGAUCUACAAGAGAUCCUAGAUGAGCACGACAACACUGCCAAAUCUGCCAAUACUACGUAUAAUGAUGUACAGAAUGCAAUGCACAUGAACAGCAACUUAUAUGCUGCCCCCGAAGAGAAAUUCAAUACUGCCACAGCUAUGCAAUCGCAAGCGUUCUAUCCAGCGUUCAGAAAUGACAAUUGCUUUACAACAACAUCAAAUACAGCAUACUCUGCCCAAAAGCCCAAUAGCCACUUCAAAGUACUGAUCAGCAAACUUCGCAACACAUCACCGGGUACCCAUACACACCCGCCCUUAGCCCAGGGAGCAGUGGAACAGUCACCAACUCUCCCCAACCAAGUUUGACGUCAUCGGACGGAAGCGGGAACAUCAGCCCCGAUGAAGAAGACCUCUUAGAUUUCACAAGCUGGUUUAACUAAAUACAGAAAGAUGGCACUGCACUUCACACUUU